CAGCGCGCGCACCCCGGAAGCGGCGUUGGCGGCACCCGGAAGCGGCUGCGGAACCCGGAAGCGGCGGCGGGCAGGAUGGACGACACGCUCUUCCAGCUGAAGUUCACAGCGAAGCAGCUGGAGAAACUCUCCAAGAAAGCCGAGAAGGACUCCAAGGCCGAGCAAGCCAAAGUCAAGAAGGCGCUGCAGCAGAAGAAUGUGGAGUGUGCCCGCGUUUACGCCGAGAAUGCCAUCCGCAAGAAGAACGAGGGGCUCAACUGGCUGAGGAUGGCGUCACGGGUGGAUGCCGUGGCCUCCAAGGUGCAGACUGCCGUCACCAUGAAGGGGGUGACAAAAAACAUGGCACAGGUGACCAAGGCUCUGGACAAGGCCCUGAGCUCCAUGGACCUGCAGAAGGUGUCGGCAGUGAUGGAUAAGUUCGAGCAGCAAGUGCAGAAUUUGGAUGUUCACACGUCGGUCAUGGAGGACUCCAUGAGCUCGGCCACCACGCUGAGCACGCCGCAGGAGCAGGUGGACAGCCUGAUCGUCCAGAUCGCCGAGGAGAACGGGCUGGAGAUCAUGGACCAGCUGAGCCAGCUGCCCGAGGGGGCCUCGGCCGUGGGGGAGAGCUCCGUCCGCUCCCAGGAGGACCAGCUGUCCCGGAGGCUGGCUGCCCUGCGGAACUGAGCUCUCCUGUGGCCCUGCGGACGGCGGAGGAGCCGGGACCCCCUCCCGCAGCCCCCCCUGCCUCGGGGCUCUUCCCUGGGGGGGAAUGUGGCUGAGGAACGCCCUGCUGGAUUGUGGGGGGGCUUAAUUCGGGGGUGCUGCUGGUGGUGCCUGGCAGAGCCCCACGUCCCGCUGCUGACAGAACACUAAGGGGAUUUUCCUGGUCUCGGGAUGCUGCUCCCCAAGUCCUCUGUUGUUCCCUGUCCCUGCCCAGAGCUGAGCUGUGGGCCGAGUUCCUCAGGAGCCGUUUGGGAGGAGCAGGAGGAGCCGCGGGGUUUCCCAGUCUCCGGCAGAGCAGUGGGAAGGGCCCCGUGCCCGGCUGUGGAUCUGGGGAGGUCGGUGCCUUGCAGGAAGGGGUGGUGACACCGGGGUGUCCCCUCCCUCGCUGUCACUGUCCCUGUGCCCUCUGCUGCUCCGUGUCCUGCUGGGCCGACGCCCCCAGCCCCCUACCACGAAGUGCCCUUUGGAACACCCCCCCUGCCCAGCCCCCUUCGUGUCAGUCCACACAUUCCACAGGCACUGCCAGCUGGAAAUGGUUAUCCCGGCCCUGACUGCCAGUUUGGACCAGUGAGGACCCGCGUCCAGCCCCGGGAUUGUGGAUUGCAGCAGCUGUGGUGGCUGCAGACACGUCCCCAAAUGUCCUCCUGCUGGGUGGGUGUGACAGGGAAUGCAAACCCAUCCCUGUGCCUCGUCCCUGGAUAUCCUCCGUCCCCUCGCUGCUGGCGCUGGGCUGGGGCUGCUCUCCGUGUCCCCCUCGUCCCUGUCCCUUGUCACCUUCCCCCGGGGCUGGAGCUGUUUGUGUCCCUCCCGGCACCGCGGAGCUGCUGGAAGCUCUCCAGGAAGGAAGCGCUGUUUCCUUUGGGUCCCCCCGGAGGAACUUUCACCUCUGGGCGAUGUCACGGGGGUCACAUCCCCGGCACAAACAUUUCCCGCCGCGUUGAUUAUUUUUCCUGAGUUCAGUGGCCUUGGAGCGUGUGGCUGGUGACAAGAGCCUUCCUCACCACCAAGGAGGAGGAGGUGGCUUCGUGCUGCAGCAGAGCGUUGUGUCUUGUGCCACCUCCCAGUGGGCUGGGUGGGAAGCUGGGGGACACUGGAGAUUUGUGCCUGGCUCCCUGCUCGGUGGCACUGGGGGCUCCUGACCUGCACUCGUCCCUCUCUCCGGGCUGUCUCUGUGUGGUUUCAUUGGUGGUUUGUUUUUUUUUUAAGCUCGUCUUCUUUGCCUUCUUUUUCCCCAAACCGUGUCCGUGCCCUUCUGUGGGUUUCAAUAAACAAUCUCUGAACGCCCCA